CAAAUUAGUCCAGAUGUCCGCAGUUUCGAAGCAUUUUGGACUGAAAUACAAAGAAGAAUCGUACAUCUUUAAAGAGCUGGAGAAGAUGAGACAGGAAACUAAAAAGGAUCUUCUCCAAUUCAAGCAGAAGUUGGCCUCCAAGCCGGCUGUGGAUGAAGCCUCAGUGUGCGGCCUCCAGGCCCCCGGCCCUGCCCCUCCUGGGGAGAAGGUCAGGGCCACCUACGAUGGACCCCAAAAGCCAUCAGGGUCCCCUCGAGCUAAAGGCCCUACGACCCCCGCUGCGGCCCUCCUGCAGCAGGCGCCCCGAGGCGCAGCGCGGCCCCCGGCCCCGAGCGAGGCGGCCGCUCCCGGGAAGACCCGGCCGUUUCGCCCCCACGACUUCUACUUGCGGAGCUCUGCGUUCCUCCGGUACCAGCCCCAGAAAAAGCCGCCGGUCAUCGCCUCCAGGGCUGGCACGUCGAGACCGUUAGUCCUGAUGCCGCCCCCUGCGGCAAGGGAGAGGCCCGGGGCGCGCCUGGGCCGAAGGAGCCCGAGGCCCACGGGCCCCAAGCCCGUCCUGCACCCGGGCCGGGAGCGCGACGCGAAACGGGAGACGGCCGCGCUCGCAGAGGCCCGCCGGGCCAAACCCAGGAAGGGCAGCUCCGUUUCCAGCCAGGAGGGCGACGCGGAGGCGGGCGACGCGGAGGCGGGCGGCCGGCGGAGAGCCAGGAGGCACGCCCUCUCCGUGAGCUCGGGCUCAGCCAGCCAGCGGCGGGAAGCGCGCGGAUCACUUUCCGAAAGCCAGCCGGGGAGCAUCCGGCUGGGCGACUCGCGGGAGACUGCCCCGCAGGCCGCGCAGCGGGUGCGAGUGAUCCCGACAACCAUAGAGGAGAUCAUCGCCUCACUGCAGUCGGAGGCCCAGCUGGCCUCCGACCAGACUAUCAAAGAGCUCAUACAGAGUGUCCUCGGCCAGAACUACGACAUUAAAAUGGAAGAUAUAUCUUUAAUGGGGAAAGUGUACUGUCACAAGCCGUCUCAAGUGCAAGCAGAACAAGGAUUACAGAUAAAUCUUGAGGAACCUCAAAUGAAUGUGCUUGAGGAACUUCCCAAAGCUAUCUCAAGUAUUUUCCAGCUUGAACAAGAGGAUGUAUUAGAGUGGGGAGUCUCCGAAGCAGAAAGCACAGUAUUUAAAUCUCAGGAAACUCUGGAAGUUCGACCAGCAGAUGAAUCCAGUAAACCUUUAAAAGACGAACAGCCCACAGGUGAUUCCAAAGCAGCCAAACGGGCAUCUUUAAAGGUGAAAUCAUCAGAAUUUUUGCAAAUCAGAGGAAAAGAAGUUAAGCGAACACAAAAAAGUAAAUUAGAAAUUCCACAACAGAGACAAGGAAGGUGUCCAAAACCCCAGUGGGAUCAAAAACUACCUAAAAACAAAAUUCUGCAAGACUACCCCUCUCCUAGCCUUCAUGAUCUGUGCACCACUGUCCCAGCCCAGGAGCUGCCUGUUAACUUGCACUUGGCUUCUCGAGUGUACCAUACAGCUGACAAGAAAGGUCAUAAUACUUUGCUUGCAAUACUGGGAACCUCUUUCUUAGAUAAUCACUUUACAGAUGAAGAACGAAGAGACAGACUUUCAGGGGCUGUGGUGUCUGCUUAUCCAGGAUGUACGAAGUUGUUUUGGAAUCUAACUCCACCCAAAUUCUCUCUUCCAGUAUCUGUUAUGAAGGAAACUCUAUAUCCAAAAUAUGAGAGUAUUCAAGCAAGCAAAAUUUUAACUGAGAGAUUUUCAGCUGAAACCAAGGAAAGUGUCAUUAUUUUAAAUCAGCAUAGCAGAAGUACUAGGUUUUUUUUCCUAAGAAAAUCUGCAUCAUUUGAAAAUAUCCAAAAAUGUUUCAGCACAUCAUCUCCACAAUUAAAGAGAGUAAAAUCUGCAGUUGAAUUGAAGAAAGAGGAGGCCACAGCUCCAAUAAAGAUUAAGGAUGACAUGCAAAGCAAUAUAAAAGACAUGAUAUUUCAGAAAGCAAAGCAGUUGGAGCAUUGGAUGACUCAGCAAAAUGAAACUGAGGAACCCUCUGAGAAAGAAAAUAUAGAUACCAUCUUAGAUAACAUGCAGGAGAAAAGGAGUUUGAGAGAUCUGUCUCUCUCUCUCAUUGAAGCAUCUAAAAAAGCUGGCAUUAGUUAUAUUGUUUAUCCCAAGAAAAAGAAGAUAAGACUGAAGAAAAGAUUGAAGCACAAUAAACUUACAGCCGUGUAUGAUGAAUUAGCCAAGUCUCCAAAAGUUCUUAAAAGAUCAACAUCUCAUGGAAUCCUUCCUGGACAGAAGAAAUAUUUACUCAAAGUUCCAUUAUAUGAACGUAAAAUUCCUUGUCCCAGUCUACCUAUGUGUUUAAAUUUUGAUGAAUUUGUCCAAAGUAAGGGAGGAAUUCCAGAAAAUUGUGACCUUCGAACAUGGGCUCUUGAUAUGUUCUCUUAUCAUAAACAUCAGAAGACAACCACAGAAAAGAAAGUUAUUAAAAUAUCUAUCCAUGAAGGCUUGUCUGAAGGAAUGAAAGAACCACCAAAAAUAGAAUUGAGUGAUUCUUUGAAGUCUAGUCUUUCUCCAGAAGUUAUUAAACAUUAUGAAUCCGAAGUGGAGAUCUUGACUAAAGAAAUAAAUGAUAAGAAAAAAUAUCCUGCAUUUGCAUAUUGUAGGCGUGGAGCUAUUUAUAGGAAACUGGGAAAGUUACAGAGUGCCAUGAAAGAUCUACAGGAAGCUAUAUUUUUGGAGCCAUUGUUUCUCAAUGCCUAUUGGCACCGACAUUUCAUUUAUCUUUUCCAAGACAAAAUUAAUGAAGCUUUGGAUGAUUUGAAUUAUAUAAAUAAAUAUAAUAAAAAUAAUGCAGAGGCAUAUUUGUCAAAGGCGGAAAUUUUCAGGAGAAGAAAAGACAUUACUUUAGCAAUUCUAAACUAUACCCAGGCAAUUAAGUGCAAGCCCAUGGAUGCUGAUAUAUAUUUCAGGAGGGGUGAGAUGUAUGAAAUAUCAAACAAAGUACUGGCCAUUGAUGACUUUUCUAAAUGUAUUUUUUAUGAUCCCAAAAGAACAGAUGCAUUAUUGAAACGUGGGACGUUUCACUAUGAAAAUGAAAACUGGAUUUCAGCCAUACAAGAUUUUACAGCUCUAUUAAAUAUAGAUCCCCAAAAUUCUCAAGCCAGGACAUACAGAGGAAGAGCAUAUUUUAAACGGCAAUUUUAUAAGCAAGCAACUCAAGAUUUUUCUGUUGCAAUUCACUUAGAUCCUAAUAACUGGUUAGCUUUGUAUUAUAGAGCCUGCUUAUUUAGAAAGAGUAGCCCUUUUAGAGCACUACAGGAUUAUAGCGUUUCAGUUCUCAUAAAUGAUGGCUAUGAGAAUCUUGGUUGUUUUCUACAUCGGGGCAUACUCUAUGCAGAUCUAAAACUUUGGUUGCUGGCAAUCUGUGACUUUGAAACUGUUAUUUCUCUAGAAAGAACUGUUAUUUUGGCUUACAUAAAUAUUGGCCUCAUACAUCUGCUGUACUUGGAUAACUACUUUGAAGCCACUUGGCAUUUUUCUGAGGCUAUUAGACUUGAUCCUUUACAUAUUCAAAGCUAUAUUUGUCGAGCAGAAACCUAUCAGAAGUUGCAUAAACUGAAAAAGGCAGUAAGAGAGUUAUCUUGUGCUAUCCACCUUCAGCCAGAUGGAAUCCAAUUAUAUAUAAUAAGAGGACAAUAUCUUCUUAUGAUGAAAUGUUAUGAUCUUGCAAAGUUUACUAUUUAUCAAGUAGCAGAAAUGAACAAAGGUCUCUUUGAGUUGAGUCCUAUACAGCAAGCACUCAUUUAUUCAUUUUGUGGAAACCAUGACAAGGCCAUCCAGGUCUUGGAUGGGAUCACUUUGAACAGGCCUGAGCUCACCAUGUAUACUCUAUUAGCAAAAGCCCAAAUGAAGGCCAAGAGAAACAAGGAAGCUGUGAAAAUGUUUAAAAAGGCGUUGGAUAUCUUUUCUCAUUCUGAUAAAGGACCAAAUGCUAUAGCAGCUUCAGCAGACUGUCUGUAUAACUUGGGUCUUUGUUACAUGGAGGAAGGCAACGUACAAAUGGCAUUUGAUUGUUUUACAAAAGCUGUGAAAGCAAAUCCUGAUUUUGCAGAAGGCUUUUAUCAACGUGGGCUUUGUAAAGUAAAACUCCAUAAGGAUAGUUCGGUCCUGGAUUUUAAUCGUGCCAUUACCCUCAAUCCAAAACAUUACCAGGCAUACUUAAGCCGAGUAGCCUUCUAUGGUUUGAAAGGCAGAUACUCCAAAGCAAUCUUGAAUUGUAAUGAGGCCAUCAAAAUUUAUCCUCAGAGUGUGCGUGCCUAUAUCUACAGAGGAGUUCUGAAAUACUACAACAAGACUUAUAAGCUAGCAAUUACAGAUUUAACUACAUCUAUCAAUAUGGACAAAAACAGUUAUGUAGCAUUUUAUAACAGAGCAUUAUGUUACACCAAGAUAAAUGAACUUCGAAUGGCAUUAAUAGAUUAUGGAAUUGUGCUUCUUCUUGAUGCUGGAGAAACUGUGACAUUAAACACUUUCAUUAAUCGUGGACUCAUCUACAUAGAGCUAGACCAGUAUAGUUUCGCAUUGGAGGAUUUUAAACAAGCUGCACUGAUAAGCAAGACUAAUGUGAGCCUUUGUCAAGCCACCGCCAUGUGCCAUCACAGAAAUAAAGAGUUUGAAGAAGCUGUUGAUUUCUUCACCUGGGCUCUUAAAAUUAAUCCCUGUUUUCUGGAUGCUUAUGUUGGACGGGGAAAUUCUUACAUGGAAUAUGGUCAUGAGAAAGCCACCAAACAAGCACAGAAGGACUUUCUGAAAGCGUUGCACAUUAAUCCAACAUAUAUAAAAGCCAGAAUUAGCCUUGGCUAUAAUUUGCAGGCCCAAGGAAAAUUCCAGAAAGCUUGGAAUCACUUUACCAUUGCCACAGAAGUUGAUCCAAAAUGCUACUUAGCCUAUGAAGGAAGAGCUGUGGUCUGUCUUCAGAUGGGUGAUAAUUUUGCUGCAAUUCAAGAUAUUAAUGCUGCCAUAAAGAUCAAUACUACAGCAGAAUUCUUGACAAAUCGUGGUGUGAUUAACGAGUUUAUGGGUCAACAACAAAAUGCAAUGAAAGACUAUCAAGCAGCAAUUUCUCUAAACCCCACGUAUUCACUGGCUUACUUUAAUGCAGGAAAUAUCUAUUUUCACCAUAGGCAGUUUUCUCAGGCCAGUGACUACUUCUCAACGGCUUUAAAGUUUGAUCCAGAAAAUGAAUGUGCUACCAUGAAUCGAGCUAUUGCCAAUACAAUAUUAGAGAAAUACAAAGAAGCAAAAGAAGAUUUUGCAUAUGUGGUUGAAAGCUGUCCCUUCUGGGCUGCAGUAUAUUUUAACAGAGCACACUUACACUGUUGUUUAAAGCAAUAUGAACUAGCUGAGGAAGACCUAAGUAAAGCUCUGUCUUUGAAGCCUGAUGAUCCCCUAGUAUAUAAGCUUAGAGCAGACGUUCGUGGUAAAAUAGGUCUGACUGAGGAAGCUGUGGCUGACUAUAUUCAAGCGCUCAACCUUCAAGAAUAUGCCUCAGUGAUAUGA